AUGCCUGUCGUUCAAGGCAAGGUAGGGGGACACAUUGUCUCUGUACUUAGGGAUAGUGGAUGUAGUACGACGAUUGUAAAAUCCAAGUAUGUAAGGCCAGAUCAGUACCUGAAUAUUAAGAAGAGGGUAGCCUUAAUCGAUAGGACGAUAAGGGAAUUCCCUGUUGCUAGGAUAUGGGUGGAUACUCCUUACUAUGUUGGGCAGUUAGAUGCGUUAGUACUAGAGAACCCACUAUAUGAGUUAAUACUCGGUAACGUCAGCGGGGUGAGGAAACACACCGAUCCUGACCCUGAUUGGACAUUAGAGCUAGACGAGGAUGAUGAUUUCGAUGCCGAAGUCGACAUCGAUUCGGAAAUCCCAUCCGAGGGAGGCGCAGUAGAGACGCGGGGUCAAAAAGCACAGAAAUUAAAGCCACUAAAGCCAUUACCGACUGCCAAAGCACUUUCUCUUGCUACGAGCAAGGCUGAUUUUCAGCACGCGCAAAAGGAGGACGAGACACUUGGUAAGUAUUGGAAAGCGGCAGAAACAGGGGCUCUGUCUAUUACUGGAAAGGGUAAUGAGACGCGCUUUUUGGUAAAACGCGGACUAUUGUAUCGAGAAUUUAGAGCUGCCAAGCAAACUCAAGGCGGGCCGAUUACUCAACUUUGCGUGCCCAAGGGAUUUAGGGAAGGAGUUAUUGCGCUAGCCCAUGAUGGUAUCAUGGCUGGUCACCUUAAGGUACAAAAAACUCUUGAUCGCCUACAGCAAAGUUUUUGCUGGCCGCGCAUGGCAGAAGAUGUGCGCUGCUAUUGUAUCUCGUGCGACAUUUGUCAGAGGACAAUAAAGAAAGGAAGUGUUAGUCGCGUGCCACUCGAGAGCACACCCCUCAUUGACACUCCCUUUAAGCGCGUGGCCAUUGACCUCGUAGGGCCAUUAGAUCCGAAGACUGACAGAGGGAAUCGCUAUAUUUUGACAUUAGUUGACUAUGCGACGCGAUAUCCUGAGGCAAUACCAUUGCCUAAUAUUGAGACCGAGCGGAUUGCCGAAGCUCUUCUCGAGAUUUUCAGUAGGCUAGGCCUACCGGAUGAAAUUCUCACCGAUAGAGGGAGCCAGUUUAUGAGCGGGCUUAUGAAGGAGUUAGGGCGGUUGCUGUCCGUCAAACAGUUAACCACAACUCCUUACCACCCAAUGUGCAAUGGGCUGGUAGAGCGCUUUAAUGGGACGCUUAAGACGAUGCUUAAGCGCAUGUGCGCAGAGCGACCCAAAGAUUGGGACCGAUACAUUCCAGCGCUACUAUUUGCAUACAGGGAGGUACCGCAAGCUAGCCUCAGCUUCAGCCCAUUUGAACUUCUAUAUGGUAGAACCGUGCGUGGUCCUCUCUCCCUAAUUAAGACUAUCUGGGAAGAAGAGGAUGCAUCUGAGGAAGUUAAGACAACGUAUGAAUAUGUUGUAGAUCUGCGUGCAAGAAUGGAAGAAACUUGCAAGCUUGCGCAGGAAGAGCUGAAACGCGCAUCAGCUCGUUACAAGAAGUAUUAUGAUACCACAGCUAGAGAUAGGAAGUUUGCCGUGGGGGAUAAGGUCCUUAUUCUCAGACCCACAAGCGCAAGCAAACUACUGAUGCAAUGGCAAGGUCCGUAUGAGAUCAAGCAGAAGGUAGGCCGAUGCGAUGUCCGUAUCGAAGUUAAUGGUAGGCUAAAAACCUACCAUGUUAACCUCCUGAAGAAAUACAUUGACCGAAGCGACGUAAGCGAUCUCAACCAAGCCGCAUCAAUCUCUGUGGUCGAAGAAGAACAUGACCAUGAUAGGCCAUGUAUUGGAUUUCCUGCGCUAAUCCAGACCGAGGAUCUCCGACAUGUGGUAAUCAGUGACAAGCUGACCAACACACAAGAUGCACAGGCUAGACAGGUAUUAGCCCAAUUUGAAGCACAACUGACAGAUGUGCCAGGGAGAACUAAUACUAUGCAGUGCACAGUCAAACUGACAAGUAAUGACCCAGUGGUAAGCAAACCAUACCCACUACCUCAGUCAACACGCGAAGCAGUCAAGUCUGAGAUAACUGAUAUGCUCCGACUAGGUGUGAUUGAGAAGUCGGAAUCGCGUUUCGCUUCACCAAUCGUCUUGGUGAAGAAGAAAGACGGCACAAACAGAUUCUGCGUCGACUACAGGAAACUGAACGCAGUAACAGUUUUCGACCCAGAGCCGGUGCCUAACGCGGAUGACUUAUUGUCAAAUCUAGCAAAAGGGCGCUACUUCUCGAAGCUAGAUCUGAGCAAGGGGUAUUGGCAGAUACCAAUGGCAGCAGAAGACAAAGAGAAGACUGCUUUUGUAACUUCUGAGGGGCUAUUUCACUUCACUGUGUUACCUUUCGGAAUGGUUAAUGCACCAGCUACAUUCUCAGGUCUUAUGCGACGGGUUCUAUCUGGGCUAGACGGGGUAGUCAAUUACAUUGACGACAUCUUAGUUUAUUCAGAAACCUGGGAGGGUCAUGUCAGGACAUUGGUCCAAGUGUUCACAAGACUUGCCGAGGCUGGACUGACAGCAAAACCGAGUAAGUGUCAGAUUGGAUUCCAAUCUUUGGAUUUCCUAGGACAUGUUGUCGGGGAAGGCACACUCAGGCCUGAUCCAGCAAAACUGGAUCGAAUUCUGCAUGCAACUCCUCCAACUACCAAGAAGGAGGUACGCGCAUUCUUAGGUUUGGCAGGCUAUUAUCGGAAGUUCAUCCCAAACUUUGCGACAAUCGCAGCGCCACUGACCGAUCUCACAAAGAAAAACGGGCCAAAUAAAGUGGAAUGGGGUCCAAUUGAAGAGCGAGCGUUCCAAACACUAAAGUCACGUCUGACUUCAUCACCGAUCUUGCAUCUCCCAAAUCAAGAUGAACCAUACAUAUUGGCAACGGAUGCUUCAGAUGUAGGCAUAGGGGCCGUUCUGAUGCAGCGCGUAGGGGAAGAAAAAUUUCCAAUCGCAUACGCGAGUAGAAAACUGUCCGACACAGAAAGACGCUAUGCGGUAAUCGAAAGGGAAUGUCUUGCGAUUGCUUGGGCAGUGAAAAAAUUCAAUGUCUACCUCUAUGGCACUGAAUUUGAAUUAGAAGUAGAUCACAGACCACUGAUGUACUUAGCACAAGCGAAAUUGCAAAAUAGUAGAAUUCUGAGGUGGGCUCUUGCGCUUCAGUCAUAUCGUUACCAUGUGACUGCAGUAAGGGGAAUAGAUAAUGUAGGGGCUGAUUUUCUUAGCCGUUGCCCUGAACAAUAG